AUGAAAACAUACAAUGAACCAAAAUCCAAGGUUGAACUUGUCUUAGCUGCCAGGUAUGUGUUGAAAAAGAUAAUAAUUUUUUAUAGUAUAUUUUAAGUAAUAAAAUUGUUGUUUUAGAAACUUGGCAGACCGAGAUGUGUUGUCCAAGAGCGAUCCUAUGUGUGUGGUUUAUCGGGUUGAUAACAAUGUAGCUCGGGAAGUGGCUCGAACCGAAAUUAUUUGGGAUAAUUUGAGUCCAAAUUGGGCAACAAAAAUAAAAUUAGACUAUUUUUUCGAGAGACGGCAGACAUUGCUCUUCAAAAUGUAUGUGAUAUCGAACAUCAUAUUUAUUUUUAGAUAUGAUAUUGACUCACCCAACGCGACCCUUAGCGAACAUGACUUCUUAGGGAGCUGUUCUACAGAUCUGGCCGAUAUCUUGGCUGCACCCAAUGGAUACUUGACUUUGAGUUUAGGGUAAGGACAUAUUCCAUGUUUAAUCUGUUGUUUAGAGGAUGGAAUAGAGCUAAAGGGCAUCUAAUUGUGUUCGCUGAAGAGGUUACUCAAGUCCAGAAUGACAUUUUCCUCUUCAAAAUCCAAGGGAUUGAUCUUCACAAAAAGUUUCAUUUUAUAAAGCCGGAUACUUAUUUGGAAUUCUACAGACAUCUGCCUGACGGAAGGUACGUUUUUUCGUUGAUUCUAUUAGUUUUAGUCGACAAUUGGUCGUCCGGACUGGUGAUGUCAAGAUGUCCUGCUUCCCAAAUUAUCCCAAAGUUGAAUUAAAAAUAAGGCAAUUGUGUGGAAACGAGCCGACAAAGUAAGAUUGCUAUGAUUAUAGCAAGGGAAGCACCCCAAGUGCUCAGAUUUUCUUUAAAUUUUGCACACACUUCAUGAAAUUAGGCCACAUAUCAAUCUUUGAAAGUUUUACUUCGCGCUUUGCAGGCGCAGCCGAUAUAUUGAACGAUCUUCCGAGAGAAUACGCAAAACGCGGAGAGCGGUUCGAGAGAAAAACACUUUUUGGCAAUACUUAUUCGCCAGUUUCGUGCGGAAAGAUUGAUUUUUUGUGCAACGUUACCAAAAAUAGACAAUAAAACUUUUCACCCCAAAUUUCGUAGAAAAGUUUCCCAUCUUUUCCAAUUUGCGGCCUAAAAGUCUCGAUCGGUUCUGCAAAAAGCGAUCUUGUGUGAACUAUCCGUGAGCUUUCAACACGGGAUCCCCAAAUUGUGAAAGAGCGUACAAAUUUUAAUAGUUGGGAUCCGUUUUCUGUUUCUGCCGAAUGGUCUUGGGAAGAGAGAAAUAUCGACAGAAAGAUCCGACUAAAAAAUCGAAAAAGGGAAAAGGCGAACCGAAAGGGUCAGAAAAGAAUUACCGAAUAGUCUAGCGGAAAAAGUUCUACGUACAAAUGUUUUGGGGGGAGGGAAGUCUUGGAGGUUCGAGUCCAUCCAACGGGUAUACCGUCGCGUCGGCUUGAAUCUACGUGUCGUUGUUACUGUAUUCUACAGUUAUGUAAAAAUUCUUUCUUCAUUUACUUGAGUGUUUUAAAGAUUUUGUUGCAAAAUUUCAAAAAGUUUUCGAUGACGUCAGAUGUCGAUGUACUGGCAUUUUCAAGAUAUUUCUGCUCUUUUUUUUUCUGCGGAAAAGAAUGAUGCCAAACUUUCACCUUUUCUCAAAAUUUUGCAAGAAAGGUUGAAGAGAAAAUUUUUGGAUCCCUGCAUCAGCGUAUAUCAACGCGUGCAUAUUAACGAAGCAGUCGAUUUCAGGUUUUUUGGUUUAAAAUGACCGAAGACAUGUGUUUAACAUAUGCACAAAAUAUUUUUCCCAAAUUCUGCCCUGAAGGUAUAAGAGUUUUCUAAGUUGAUUUUUGAAAAUUGCCCCUGAAUUUUUAAAUACAACUAUACGGCUUGUCCUGGUAUGUUAUUUUUUGUUGCUAGCCUAUGAGUAGGCUAUAUAACAAAUUUUGUCCGAAUUGGUACUUUCCACUAGACUAGUAUUUAAAAGACGCUUUUCUGGGCCUUUCGGUUCACCUUUUCUAUCUUAAAAUCCAGCAGAAAUAGAAAACGGAUUCCUACUAAAUUUUGUACGCUCUUCGGAAUUUGGGAGUCUUAUGUUGAAAGCUCACGGACAGUUCACACCGUUCCCUUGUUAGAAAAAAGUUACCUAAAUUUGUGCAAGUCUCAUCAAAAUCAGAGGGUGACAUUUGGAGUAUUUCUCCGGCAAACUGAUCAUAACACUCUUCAGCGAAUUCACAGUUCAAUGUCACAGAGUCGAGAAACAUGGAAAGUAAGUAGUAUAUUUGAAGAGUUAUUUCACGUCAAUUCAGUGUCCUGAUUGGAGAAGUUACAACUACCUUUGACAAAAUAAAAGCUGCUGGAAGUUCUCCGUUUCCUAUUAUUAAUCCCAGAAAGGUCAGACACCCUAAUUACAAAGAUUCUGGAGCCCUCAGAUUCCUGGAAUCUGUGCAUGAGAGAUCACAUUCGUUCCUGGAAUAUAUCAAAGGAGGGUAUGCUGCAUUCAAAUUGUGUCCUUAGUAUAAUAUCUUAUUUAGUUUGCAAUUAGAGUUUGCUGUUUGCAUUGACUUUACUGCUUCGAAUGGUCCAGUCCAUUCCCAAACUUCUCUUCAUUACAUCGAUCCCAACAAUCAAAACCAGUAUGAGAUGGCGAUUGCUGCAGUUCUUGAGAUUUGUCAACAUUAUAAUCACAGCAAACAGUUUGAAGUAAUGGGUUUUGGAGCUAAAAUUCCUCCGGGAAAUCAAGUUAGUCAUCUUUUCCCUCUGGUAAGUUUUUCUACCAUCUACAGGGUGGUCCAGCUAAGUUCGCGGAUGUAAAAUGCUUAUAACUUUUUAUAGGAUUGUUCAAUUUUUAUGAGCAAUAGCUCAUUUUAUUCCUUAGUAGUUGCCAUUUUGUUUAAAAAAAAGAUCAUUAAAAACGAUGAAUCCUACGUCGAGUUAUGACCCUUCAAAGUCAAACAUGCUUUUUCACGUAAAUUUUUUAAAAAAAUUAAUUUUCAAAAAUUUUUGAAUUGCGGUGUCAUCGCUCGCUGUUACCGGGAAAUGAUGGUGAACAGAGAGAUCCCAGCUAUGCAAAAUUGGCCCAAUUUUGCCAGUCUUGUUUUUCAACAAGACGGCGCGCUACCUCAUUUUGCUAUAGCGGUCCGUCAACUCCUUGACCAGGUUUUUCCAGGUCGUUGGAUGGGCCGGGGAUCUGCGCGGCAACCAGCUCCAAUUGCUUGGCCCCUGCGUUCACCUGAUCUAACUCCGCUAGAUUUCUCCAUUUGGGGGUUCUUAAAACAACGGAUUUUCAUCAGGGAUUGGCGCCCAAAGACGUGGAAUUGAAGCGCGUAAUCGAAGAAGAGGUGGAACGAGUUCGCCAGGAUUAACAAAUGGGGCGCCAAAUUAUGGAAGAAUACCAAAGACUGGCAAAAUUGGGCCAAUUUUGCAUUGCUGGGAUCGCUCUGUUCACCAUCAUUUCCCGGUAACAGCGAGCGGUGACACCCCAAUUCAAAAAUUUUUGAAAAUUAAAUUUUUUUUAAAAUUUACGUGAAAAAGCAUGUUUGACUUUGAAGGGUCAUAACUCGACGUAGGAUUCAUCGUUUUUAAUGAUCUUUUUUUUAAACAAAAUGGCAACUACUAAGGAAUAAAAUGAGCUAUUGCUCAUAAAAAUUGAACAAUCCUAUAAAAAGUUAUAAGCAUUUUACAUCCGCGAACUUAGCUGGACCACCCUGUACAUUGGCGGACCUGAUCCAGUCGCCAAAAAUCUGCAUUUUUGUUUCCGGAAGGGGAUAAAAAUCCCACAAAGUACCACCCUUCUAUGACCAAAAGCAAAUUUUUGAGGAGACCGUCCUUUUUUAGACAAAAGAGUGCACGCAAAAUGCAUCCCAAUACAGGGUGCGGCAAUUUUUCGGCCGGAUUUGAAUUGCCUAUAACUUUUUUAGUUUUUAUCCGAAUGUUAAAAUUCUUUUUUUCCCUGAAUCCUCAGACAACCCCAUUUUGUUUAAUACCAAAUAUGUUAUAUAUACAGGGACCUAGUUCAUAGUUAUUGGCGUUUCGGUCGUUUUCUCUGCUUUUUCGGCGUGUGUGAAAAUCGCCAGAAAAAAUAACUUUUUUUCACGAAUUUUGUCGUAAAAAGUUUCAUGCCUGUUCAGGUCAUCGAGAAUACCGUUUCCACAAAAAAUCAGCUAUCUCCGCACAAAACUAGCGAGGAUAUAGCCAAAAAGUUUUUCUGUGCGACCACUCAUGUGCCCUCCUGACCGCAAAGAAUCGUUGAAUAUCUUGGUCGCCCCUGAAAGGUGCGAGCUGAAACUUUCAGGAAUUGAUGUGUGGACUAUGUCCGGCCCCUGUGCAAAAUUUAAAGAAAAUCUGAGAGUCGCAGUAGGGGUAAUUCCAUUGUCAUCUAUUAAAAUUAGAGCUUUUUCUUUGCCUUAGAUUUUUACUAUAGUCUAAUGAACGGGGAUAACAUAUUUGGUAUUAAACAAAAAGGGGUUGUCUAUGGAUUCAGAGAAAAAAAGAAUUUUAACAUUUGCCCAAAAACUAAAAAAGUUAUGGCCAAUUAAAAUCCGGCCGAAAAAUUGCCGCGCCCUGUAUUUCCAAAUCAAAAGCGCGCGCGCUUUUUGCGCUGUUUUCCCGUUUCUUUUGGUCAAUGAAGGGAGGUAUUUUGCGGGAUUCUUAUUCCCUCCUGGAAGCAAAAUUGUGCAUUUUUGGUGACUGGAUCAGGGCCGCCACGGUACAUUCUUCAUCGUUUUCUUCUUCCUUUCUGUUGUUUCUUACAGCAGUCUAACAUUGGUUACAGAGUCAAUUACAGGAUGUUGAGAGCCGUCAACGAGUGAUUGAUGGUGUAGAUAGUGUGCUCGGGUUGUAUCGAAAGACCUUGCUUUACAUCCAAUUCUAUGGCCCCACCAAUUUUUCGCCUUCUAUCCAAGAAUUUGCAUAUAAGGCUAGUCUCUUGGCCAAGGAAAAGAAUCGUUACCAAAUCCUGUUGAUUAUCACCGACGGAGAAAUCACAGAUAUGGCCAAGACGAUCAACUCUAUUGUAGAUGUACGUUUGACUAAAUGGAUAUUUUUUGUAUUUUGUGUUAAUGUUUAUUAUUAAUGUUUCAGGCAUCGGAUAAACCGCUGUCAAUAAUCAUCGUGGGUGUUGGGGGGUCAAGCUUUGAUAAAAUGGACGAUCUAGAUUCCGAUCAGGCAUUGUUGACGACAGCCAAUGGAAAGCAAGCCUUACGGGAUAUUGUCCAAGUAAGUCUAAUAUCCACCAUUUUGUGAUCUUGUAGUUUGUUCCUUUCCGUGAUUUCUUCCCACCCAGUGGAAUGCCCAGAUCAGUGUUGGAGGCUGAUCAGAUCAAACGCCGUCUCGCCGAAGCUGUUCUUGAAGAGGUUCCAGACCAAGUGACCUCUUACAUGAGGAUGAUGGGAAUAUCUCCGGGUCCUCCUAUCCUACAACUGCCUCCGGGCGAGGAUAUUUUGUCUUUUAUACCUCCUCCAGAUGCCUCUUUUAUCCAACCUCCUACUAAUCCCAGCUAUGGAUUUCAGCCACAACUUGUCAGUCAUUAA